AUGCGCCACAAUCCCCGCGAACAGACGAAUACAUUGAGUAGUCUUUGCCUUGCUAGUCGGUAUAUGCGAGCUCUCGCUGAACGCGUCCUCGAUCACUUUCCGCGCAUCUAUUCCUACACUGAAUUCUUUCGCACGCUCCAGUCUCGGCCUGAGCUAGCAGAAUAUGUCAAAGUGCUCACUUGGGUUUAUUUUGAGGAUAUGGGACGCCCUUGGGUUCCUCUUCCUGGUAAAAGCUCAAUACCACGCGAGAAUAUCUGGUAUCUAAGAAGCCUAGCAACAGAACUAAAGCUAUCAGAUCUAGAACUGCGGAAAUUUGAAGAGACAUUUUCCGAGUAUCCUCAGAGCGCAGACAGCGAAAUAAGCGCAAACUAUGACGAUGGAAUGUGCCAGGCUUUUGAUAAUCUCGUUACAUCUCUCAUGUUGGGACUAUGUCCGCGGCUAGAACUCGCAUCUGUCAACUUCGAAGAUGCGCAAGAAAAGCUGCGCCGACAGAAUUUACCCCAAAAUCCAGUGACAUUUCAGUAUCUUCCAGGCCUUGUUCAGCAAAGAUUCGACAACUACGGUUUCCGCUCCUUGCGUACCUUAGUUAUACAAAACACAAUGCUAGAUAAGCCAAACAUGGUAGCUAUUGGGAGUAUAUCUUGCGUAUUAAAAGCCCUUCCGAAUCUUCAACGCCUUAUGUUUUAUCGAGGAUUUUCAGAAGAGUAUCCCGACGACGAUCUGCCGUGGAGUGAUGACGAGCUGGACGCUGCGCACAGUUCGCUGCGCAACCUAAAGGAACUUACAUUUACUUGCUACUCCAGAUUCGAAAGCCUCUACCGCUACCGGCCAUAA